AUGCUCCAUUCCCGCCUCCGACCCCUCCCCCGCCGCAAUGCGGUCCCAAGCGCCCCGAGCGCCCCAACACCGGAUUUCGAGAACGAAGACAUCGCCGACGAAUCCCCAGAAGAUCUCUUCGGCACGUUCCUCCCCCAUCUCUUUCCCGACGACGCGCCCUCCUUCCACGGUGACCCGGGCCAGCAUCUCCUCUACAGCUCGCCCCGCUAUGGAGACCUAGACAUCAUGGUGCCCAGCUAUCCGAGCUCGGGCAAUCGCAAUGAUGAGAUCGGGGCCGGGCAACCCAAGGCCGAUGGGUCCGUGAACCAGGUCGAUGCGGGGCGGAAGCUCUUUGCGCAUUUCCUGUGGAGCGCGGCAAUGGUCGUGGCGGAGGGGGUUGAGAUGGCCGAUGAGCCGGGCUCGGAGGGCUCGGAGGCCAAGGAGAUCUGGGCCGUCGAGGGGGAAAGUGUACUAGAGCUGGGUGCUGGCGCCGCUCUACCGUCUGUCAUUUGUGCUUUGGCUAAGGCGUCAAAUGUUGCUGCGACGGAUCAUCCGUCCUCGCCUGCGCUUACGGGGGCAAUUACUCAUAACAUUGACCAUAAUCUGCCGAAGACUGUUCAGGGAUCUGUCUCGAUGCAUCCGCAUGAAUGGGGUGUGUUGGAUGAUUCGUUCUCGACGCAGAACAAGGGUGCCUUUUCCCGGAUUGUCGCGGCGGAUUGUUUCUGGAUGCGAUCUCAGCAUGAGAAUCUCGCGCGCACGAUGCAGUGGUUCCUUUCACCCGGUGGGAAAGUGUGGGUGGUUGCGGGAUUCCACACGGGUCGAACCAUUGUAGCCGGGUUCUUCGAGACGGCUCUGGAGAACGGCUUCAUCGUCGAGAGGAUCUUCGAGAGAGAUCUCGUUGAGAGACUCGAAGAUGGAGGAGAGAUUCGCCGGGACUGGGUUCCAGUCCGAGAGGGAGAAGGAGUCGAGAACCAGAAGAGAUGGUGUGUCAUUGCUGUGCUGAAGAGAAAGGGAGAGUAA